UCCACGACUGGUCUGGUUCAUAGAAGGUGAAACACGUCAUUCUUAAAUUUUGUCCACGCUGAAACAUACCACGUGUUUAUAUCAUAUAGCGGAACGAUUUAACGCUUCGCGGGUUAAACGGCAGCUGACACAGAACUGGCAAUACAGUGGUUCGUUUCUCUGGAAAGGGCCAUUUACAGGAUUUGUUCCUUUAACAUUGAUUGUGAUAGAUAUACUUGACAAGGUCCAACGAGAGCGUAUUAGCGAUGACUCAGAAAGUACAGGAGAGGAUGGAGAUCAAUAACGGAUGUCUAAAGGUGGCGAUCAUGGGGAGCUCAGCCGUCGGGAAGACCGCCAUCUUGAAUCGCUACUUCCACCACAUGUUCUCAGACGUCUACGAGCCCUCGGGAGGGUACAUGUACAUCUUUGAACACGAAUGGGACGGGGAUGAGCUGCAGAUGCAUGUGACCGAUGUCCCCGGGGGAGCAGAGUUUGACGAACCCCGACAGAAGACCAUUGAAGAAUGUGACGCUUUUAUGUUAGUAUACAGCGUGGACGACGCGGCGUCUUUUCAGGAAGUUGCGAGACUCCGCGAGAUGAUAUUUGACGAGAAGCAAGCCGGUGUUCCGGUGGUUGUUGUGGAGACCAAGGUGGAUCUACCUCGGUCCUCGUGGUUUAAAGGAGCCAACGCUAUACCCAAUGAGAUGGAAAACGGUUGGUCCAUACCGCAUUUGAUGGUUUCAGCCAAGGAGGGUUCCGAUAUGUCUGACAUAUUCCAGUGUCUGGUUGAUGAAGCACAGCGGGGAUUAAGGAGGCCGAGCAGGGGCAUGCGGUAUGUGUCCUCCUUCAACGCCCUCCAAUACAUUCUGGGUUCGAUCCCCGACCAAGUAAAGAAGGACAUAAAUUAAUUCUUCAUUCUUUGGAAUCAUCCGUUUUGGGUGGUGAGUAUCUGAUCAUGAAGAAGCUAUGCUUGUAAUGAAAUGUAACAGAAUGCUACAAAAUGUUUUAUGAAGGGUCAGUGAUAGAUGACCUUUCUGUGUUCUAUGGAAUUUGGAGAUUAUGCAUAGAAAGAGAAAGAAACUGUCGACAUUUUUCAGUCUGUGUGAUGAAAAAGUUAUCCUUAUUUAAGAAAAUGUUCCCUCUUAUCACACUUUGUCAAUAUGUUUUUGACUUAUACAGAAAGUUUUUACUAAAAUGUAAAAGAUGUGUCCUGCAGAACCUGUACCUUUUUCUCUUCUCCAUGGCGACCCUUGUAAAGCAGGUAAUUCAAAUAAUUUUGUCUUUGUUGGAUAAACCUUUUUGAUUGUUGCUUGCUGGUUUGGCUGUCGUCUUAAAUUGUGCUCCGAUUGAAACAGUAGACAUACUGGUUAUCAUGAUAUUGAU